AUGGCGUCAUGUGUCGGCUGCUCUCCGGUGGUGAGGUUCUGUCAGAAACUGAACAGGCUGAAGACGCUGGAGGAGGACGUGAUGGCGACGUCACUCAAGCGCUGUCUGUCCACAGUGGACCUCGCGCUGCUCGGUGUUGGAGGAAUGGUGGGCUCGGGCCUGUAUGUUCUCACAGGAACUGUUGCUAAAGACACCGCAGGGCCCGCUGUAGUAGUGUCUUUCCUCAUAGCCGGAGUAGCGUCACUCAUGGCAGCGCUGUGCUAUGCUGAGUUUGGUGCCCGUGUACCAAAGACAGGCUCUGCCUACAUGUUUACAUACGUCUCUGUUGGGGAGAUCUGGGCGUUCCUCAUUGGCUGGAAUGUGAUCUUGGAGUAUAUGAUUGGCGGGGCAGCAGUAGCUCGUGCGUGGAGUGGAUAUCUGGACUCUAUUUUCAAUCACCGCAUCCAGAACUUCACCGAGAGUCAUGUGAUGCGCUGGGAUGUGCCCUUCAUUGCUCAUUACCCAGACCUCCUAGCGGCUGGCAUUCUCCUAGUAGCUUCCUUCUUCAUUUCAUUUGGCGUUCGCGUCUCCUCUUGGCUCAACCACAUCUUCUCAGCCAUCAGUAUGGCAGUCAUUGCCUUUAUCUUGGUUUUUGCCGUACUGGCCGAUCCAGUUAACUGGAGCGCUCGGGAGGGAGGCUUUGCCCCCUUCGGACUUUCAGGUGUCCUGGCGGGAACUGCGACGUGCUUCUAUGCCUUCGUCGGCUUUGACGUGAUAGCGGCUUCCAGCGAGGAGGCCAGCAAUCCUCAGAGGGCUGUUCCUGCAGCGACUGCCAUCUCCCUGGGCCUGGCAGCCACGGCUUAUGUGCUGGUGUCCACAGUUCUCACGCUGAUGGUUCCGUGGCAUACGCUCGACCCUAACUCAGCUCUCUCAGAUGCCUUCUUCAGACGAGGAUAUAGCUGGGCCGGGUUCAUCGUGGCUGUAGGAUCAAUCUGCGCCAUGAACACUGUGUUGCUCAGCAACCUCUUCUCUCUCCCGCGGAUCGUGUAUGCUAUGGCUGAGGAUGGCCUUUUCUUCUCUGUCUUUUCCCGUGUCAACCCUGUAACCAAAGUCCCGGUGAUCGCCAUUCUCGUUUUCGGCAGCCUUAUGGCAAUCCUUGCCCUCAUCUUUGAUCUGGAAGCACUGGUUCAGUUCCUCUCUAUUGGCACUCUGCUUGCUUACACGUUUGUAGCGGCCAGUGUCAUAGUGCUCCGCUUCCAGCCGGAUAAAAGCAGCGGGAGCUCAGGAGGAGGUGGACUCAAGACAGACGCUUCAUCCACACCUUCGAUAAACCAGCCUGGACAGCAAGUGGACCCGUCCGCGGUGACGAACGAGACCCAGACCUUUGCGCAGGACGGUGGAGAGAUGAAGGAGUAUGAGUCCUUCUCAGAUAAACUUCAGCUGGUGGAGCGGCAGAAGACGGUGAAGGAGAGACGGGCUCCUGGCGUGCUGAAGGCUGGCUGGGAGCCGUAUCUGGGCAGGAUACUGGGGGACUGCGAGCCAGGCGAGGUGGUGGCGUUCUCUGUGCUCGCUCUGAUGGUCAGUGGAGUCUCUCUUUGUGCUGUGCUGGUGUUCGGGAUCAACCAGCUGAAUCUGCCUGUGUGGAGCUUCACCCUGCUGCUGGUCAUCUUCAGUCUGGUCUUCCUGCUCAGUCUGGCUCUCAUCUGGGUCCAUGAACAGCAGCCCAGUCAGAAGACUUUUCAGGUUCCUCUGGUGCCAUUUAUUCCUGGCUUCAGCAUUCUUCUAAAUGUAUUUCUCAUGCUGAAGUUAAGUCCUCUCACCUGGAUCCGUUUCACCAUAUGGGUCGCAGCAGGUCUUCUGGUGUAUUUCGGGUAUGGUAUAUGGCACAGUAAGGAGGGUUUGCGGGAGCAGCAGGGGCAGGACGUGGCGGCGCGUUACGUGGUCCUUCCCAGCGGCAGCCUGGUGGAGACCGUCCAGAACGUCCAGCCUGAAGGACACACACUCAGCGCGCACACACCGCCCCACGACAACCCACCUGUCAGCAGAUGAUCUGAUCACGCUGAGGUGUGUUUACAGUACACCUGCAUGCCUGCCUGUUCUACUUGCUUUUCUUCCUCUUCAGUUUACUGACAACAUGUCAGGAUAAACCGUUAAUCAAAAAAGAUGGUUUGAAGAAAUAUUCCAGGUACAGUAAUAUUUGUGGCAUAAUGUUGGUUACCACAAAAAAAGGGUAAAUGGGGUGAUUUUGGAGCAUUUUCUUGUUUGUUUUUUUGUCUUGUUAUUAUAAUUAAGUCACCAUAAUAAUUAAAUACAAUUUUAAUAUAUAUAAUAUAAUUUUAAUAUAAAUAAUUUUUGUGGUGAUCAUUAUUAUGCCACAAAUGCUGCUAAUUAGUCUUAUCUUGUACUGACCCCAGCAUACUUUUUUGUAUUGAAGCGACUAGUAUUAACUUCCUUGUUCACCAUCCUAAUCAACAACGGGCCGUUUCUUUCUCUUUCUUUCUUACAUAAUAUAUCUACUGUGUUUAGCUACUUUUAGCAGCCAUGCUGACUCGAAUGUAAAUUAUAUAUGAGAGUCAGCAAAGUGCACCAUAACGCCGCGGCCCAACUGUAUCCAGCAUCUCCAUUGUCUUUUAUGGUGUUUACAUAGAGCCGAAGGGAUCCCCACUGCUGCUCUGUGAAAGCUGAAACCUUUAAGAGAAGCUGCUGUUUAUCAUUCAAACACUGAUGUAAGUUGCCGCUUGAGCAUAUUCUAAAGGAAACCUUAUUCGUGUAGUCUAAACAACGAAACGCUCAGAUAUGAUUUUUCUACAAUGCAAGAGAUUGUGGCUGUGAUUUGGAGAGCAGUUACUGUAUACCGGAUAUUUUUAUUGUUUCUGCAUGAAUGCUGACAAUCACUGGUGGUUAGACAGUAAACAUGAGGUCUUAGCGAAUGCUGUUAAGAGAGAUCAUGCGGUUCUACUCAAAUCUUGUCUCCUUUUCCCAUCACGGCCCACACACACACUUCGAUUGUCAUAAUUUAACACAAGUCAGAAGAUCACGUGAAUGUACCUAAACAUUACUAUACGCACACACACAUUAUUUUUGCAGUCUGGGUCACAAACACACAGCCUAAGCACACGCUAACUGGCUCAACAUGUUUGGUUUUCUAUCACUUCUCUGCACCUCUUUACUCAUUAUUUAUUUUUAUUUUAGAAUACCGCAUAACUGCGUAUUUAUUUAUUUUUCCGUACAUACUUUAACCAAAAUCACGUUUUAAUAAUGUUAAUUAUUCGUGAUGUUAAAAAGAAUCCUUUUUUUUUUUCUUUGUACGAUAAACAGCAUGAACCUAACUGGGUAAUCAUGUUUCAUCUGUGUCCGCUGACACACCUCACCGGCCUUACCUUUGCAAACACACUAACCCUGGUGUUCACUAAUCCUUCUUCUCACAUCUCAUGUGACUUUCACACACACCGAACUGCCCUUAUUAUCACAAACACUGACAGAGCUGGAGCAUUUACUUAGAACUGUUACCUUUAAAACUAGCUGUUUAUUUUUAGCUGCCGGGUCAGUGACAUUUAUUUUGUUUUGCUUGGUUUGUUUUUUUUGUCCAGAACUAUUAUUUAUUUGAAAAUGCAUUUAUAAUGGCUUUAAUGUACCAUGUUUUUUUUUUUCUAAAAAACAUGGUAGCGUGAAAAAGGUUCAUUUACCAAAAUCUUGCCUAAAAUGAAAAAAAUAUUAUUAUGACAACUGUCCCGAAAUCAGAAAGAAAGGGGAAAGCCUUAUUUAAAAAUGUAAUUAUUAAACAAUAACUAAUAUUUUAUUAUUUUAAAGCACUCCUCCCCUUUUUCGAACACUUUUAAUUGUCAUUGGCCCAGCUCCAUUUGUAAAAAUUGAGUUUUAGAAUUUGCAAUGACCCGUAUAAUUAACUCAUUUUAAUUUUAUAGAAUAAUACAAUUAUAAUCACAUUCUUCAGAAUUUCUGGCACCCUUGAUCACCACCGUGCCCUUCUGAGUGCUUCAGUUUGUGUUGCUCUCAGUGAACCGUCCCUGUUAGCAGUAAGUAUAAAUUUGCCUUGAAAGGGUACAUGUAAGUCAAUGAAUGAUAGUCAUUUAUUAAUAGUCACCAAUAGAAUAUUGACAAAAGCACAGAACAAAUCCUUUUCAGCACAAGCACAGCAGAAGAGUGCGGUUUAUAUGCAGUGGAUGCUGGAUAUUAUGCAGAAGCAAAGAUGAGAUUUUUCCCCUCACAGGCCCCUGUAAU